AUGGCGUCCUCCGACAAGUCGAGGUCUUCCUCGAGCCGCCCAUCCUUCUUCUCCCGAAACAAAAACAAGCACGACCGGCCAAACUACGACGACGGCCGUCAUCUAUCGAGCUUCGAUUACCACGACUCGGGCGCCAGCAGCAGUCGCACCUCGCACCACCACCGCAACUCCUCCGCCGUCUCCAUUGACCGCGCCGACACCCCCGACUCCGGCCUGAACAUGACGGCCGGAGUCAUCACGAGCAUCCCCUACGAUUCUAUCCGCCACGACAGCCGCUCCCCGUCCACGCCGACUACCACGACGCUCAAUCUAGCCAGGGCCGCCGCGAGCCCAUGCCCCAUCACCUUAACAAGAGCCUCGGAGAUUACCACCAAUACCCUUCCUUUGAUCCUUCCACCAUGCCGAACGCGACCUCCCCCACCAUUCGGUGGCGCGCCUACCUCACCAUCCCGCCGUGAACCUCGCCAUGGCCUCGCGCGCGACAAACUCCCAGCAGCCUCAGGGCCAGCCUCCGCAAUGGUCCGGCCCCGGCUCCGGGCGGACGAGCCUUGGCAGCAGCACGAUCAACACCCGAUACGACUCUUACGUCACGACAACGGGGAGGACGUCGGGAGACAAUGCUAG